AUGAAGCUAUCCGGUUGGAUCGCAAUCGCAUUCUUCGGCGCAGGCGCCCUCUCAACCUCCCCGUCACACAUCCCCUUCGACCACCCCAUCACAGCAAGCCCUGAAACAAACCGACGGGCAUACGAUAUCCUGCAACUCCUGAACAAGCGCGACGGCAACUGCCCCGGCGGCUACAGCCCAUGCGAUAACCUCGACAACUCCGGUAUCUGCUGCCGCACCGACGCAAUCUGCACGAGCGACGACGCAAACCACAUCGCGUGCUGUCCCAGCGGCGCAAGUUGUACGGGGACUCUGGGCGGAGGCUCGACGUCAGGGUCUGGAGGGUGGCAGACGACAUCGGACGCUACGACGACAACCGACGAUGACCCGACCUCGACGAUCACGGGCUCGACGAUGAACGGCGGGUACCCGUUCGUCUAUGUGCCUACUUCAUUUUCGGAUGCGGAUGAGUGCUCGUCGUACUACGAUCGCUGCCAAAGCAGCUACACGGCGUGCGUUACGUAUUUCGGGGGCUAUGGGGUGACCGUUACGGGUGGGGGAGCGGACUUUACGCAGACCGGGGGCGCGGCGAGUGCGGUUGAGACGUGCUCGAGCUUGAGUCAGAGUGCGUGCCGUGGGCUGAAUCUGGGGGUUUGUGGGAAUUAUGAGGGCGGGACGGAUGGCGCGGGGUAUCGGAGGACGUCGAGCCUUCAGGAUAUUGUUGUGGGGAUGGUUGUUGGUGUUGCUGGGUUCUUCAUUUGA